CCUUGCUCCUGUCAGUUUGCGCUGGUGGCGGUCGCAGUGUGGCAUGCUGAAAAUUUUCUAAUCCAAAAGUUUUGUGUCCUGUGUCGCAGAAAAAAGGAAGAAAAACAGGAUUUGUGUUCGGUGAGGUGGAAAGGAUUGUUUUUCCCGUUUGCGAAAAUGAUCCGCGGCUGUCACGACGGUGGCGUGAUGAAUUUGUUCCGUCGCGAGCUCGCGUGAAAGUUGAGUCGAUCGAUCGAUCGCGGAGAAACGUCAAACGCAAGCCGGGAGUGAGAGAGAGAACCUGCCUCCUCCCUCUUUAGAAGCUGAUAACGUAAUAAAGACACAUUGUUGCUGGCCGUAGAUUAGGAGGGAAGCGUUUCGUAGCAGUAGCAGAUCAGUUGCAGUAGAUUAGCCACGGUGAUUGGACCACGGGAUAAACCGCAGCUGGACGAGUGGAACAUUCCGGACGGUGUCAUCGAGCUGCGAGAUCGACGAAAGAUGAAGAAACGAACGCCGCCGUCCUCGCUGGCCGGGAACUCUCCGGCCCACCAGCAAUCCGCCGGUCGCGAUCCGACGACCAUCAACGAGUUCAAGUACAUUAACGAACGGCCGGUGGACGACAUUUCGCUCAACUUUUUCUACAAGCCCCACACCAUCACGCUGCUGGCCGUGUCCAUCUUUGGCGUGAUGUACUUUGCCUUCGUCCGCGACCAAACGGACGUCCAGGAGAACAUCUGGGCCGGCAUGGUGUGCGUAAUCUUCUUCUUCCUGAUCAUCUCGGUGCUGGCGUUCCCGAACGGACCCUUCACCCGACCCCAUCCCGUCGUGUGGCGCAUGCUAUUCGGGUUAUCGGUGCUAUAUUUGCUGUUCCUGCUAUUUCUCAUGUUCCAGGACUACAAGUCCAUCAUGGGGAUAUUCUACUGGUUCGAUCCGACGCUGCGCGCGUUUCACAUCGACAUGGACAAGGACUACGCCGCAAACUGCUCGGACGUGAGUUUGGAGCGCAUCUGGUCGCACGUGGACGUGUUCGCGGUGGGACACUACCUCGGGUGGGCAUUUAAGGCGGUUCUGAUCCGGCACAUGGGCAUCCUGUGGGCCAUUUCGGUCAUGUGGGAAAUUACGGAGAUUACGUUCGCCCAUUUGUUGCCCAACUUUGCCGAGUGCUGGUGGGACGCGCUCAUUCUGGACGUGCUGGUUUGCAACGGGUUCGGCAUCUGGUGCGGGCUCAAGUUCUGCAAGCUGCUCGAGAUGCGCGAGUACAAGUGGGCCAGCAUUCGGGACAUUUCGUCGACCACGGGGAAGCUGAAGCGGGCGGUGCUGCAGUUUACGCCGGAGAGCUGGGCGCACGUGCGUUGGCUCGACCCGACCAGUACGUACAUGCGGUUCUUCGCCGUGAGCCAGCUGGUGCUGCUGUGGCAGUUGACUGAGUUGAACACCUUCUUCCUGAAGCACAUCUUCGAGAUGCCUCCGUCCCAUCCGGUGGUCAUUGGGCGGCUCGUCUUUGUCGGUCUGUUCACGGCGCCCUCGGUCCGGCAGUACUACAUCUACGUAACGGACACCCGCUGCAAGCGGCUGGGAACGCAGUGCUGGGUGUACAUCGCCAUCCUAAUCUCCGAGGCCAUCCUGUGCAUCAAGAACGGCCGGGAGCUGUUCGAGCGCACCCAGGUCAAGAACAUCGUCUUUUGGCUGUUCAUCCAGGCCGUCAUCUCGAUCAUGUUCGUGUACAGCUGCAUGCUUUGGCACAAAUACGUGGACGGUGAUGACUCGCAGGAUUCCUCCCCAGUGAAGCAGCCCAGCAGAGAGUUCAAAGAUUCAGCCGUCUUAUCAGGUGAUUCCAAAGGCAAAUCAUCGACCAAAAACUCGCCUAAAUCCACUCCUACCAAAAAAGCAAGAUCUCAUCACAAUAGUGUUAAGGAAGAUUAAAGAGGCAAAUCUUAGAUCGAGCGAGCGAGACAAAAUUACGCUGAUGAUAAAUUAUCCACUCACACACCACACACACGAGAGAGCAUCUGACUGAAUGAUGUGCGAGAUUCAUUUCCAAAACGAAAACAGUGGAUCAUUUUUGGUUCGGUUGAUUUACACAACGUUCAGCAUGCAUGGAAAUAGGUUUUACCCGUAAGGAAAGAGGGACAUUGACUACUUUUGCGUAGAAAAGGAUGAACACGUUAGAACGCGUCCAAAAUUGUGUGCCAGACGUUUGCAAAAUUUUAUUUAUAAUUUUUCGCAGAUUCAAAUCGUGGACACUAACAAAUAAUUGUUGAUAAGUUUUAGAUUGUAAUUGACCGCAGUUUCGAGGGAACACUGAGUAGAGACUGGAUAAAAUCCUACUUCAAAGUUUAUUUGCUUUAUUGUUUUAGUUGUUCUUUCCUUUUAGUUUAGGUAGUUUAUGCAAAUUUUGUUUUUAUAGUUUAAAGCAACCCGUAGAAGAAGAGUUUUAGCUUUCUAGCCAACAUUGGAAAGAGUUGAACGCAGAGCAAAGAGAGAUGAAAAAAAUGUAUGCCUUGAUAUGAAAAAUUCAAUGUGAUUAACAAAAUACAGUUUAACUUGUAAAACAGAGUCAUCCCAACAGACAAAAAAAGCACAUGUUUCGAAAUAGACUACAACCGAAUUGAAAUAGUUUAGCCUUCCUUCCUUCUUAAAACGUCUUUCUAAAACUAGAUCUUUACCGUAGCCACUCCAACAACUAAGAGAGAUUAUAGAUUCCGAAUGGACAUAUCAUUUUAAGAAAGGGCGCAGCUGCAACCAAUAGAGCGAGCGAGCUGCCAACCACCUAGUAAUCUUAAUUGUGAAUGUCAACUUUUUGAUGUUUCUGAGUUCCGCUUCGAAGCUGUGCAGCAAGACCAUUUUUGUUCAAAUUGAAUAAUCGCUUCAUCAAUACGCGAAAAGAAAAAGCAAAAA